UAUUGUAAUGGGGGUGACUUAGCAGAUUAUUUACAUGCUAAAGGAACAUUGAGUGAAGAUACAAUAGUUGUGUUAUUAAGGCAAAUAGCUGCUGCUAUGAAAGCACUGAAUGGUAAAGGUAUUGUACAUCGAGAUCUAAAACCUCAAAAUAUACUACUGUGUCAUGUUGGGAAGAAGAAUCCUCAAGCUAAUGAUAUUAAACUGAAAAUAGCUGAUUUUGGGUUUGCUCGUUUCUUACAAGAUGGAGUUAUGGCAGCUACUUUAUGUGGCUCUCCUAUGUAUAUGGCACCAGAAGUAAUAAUGUCAUUACAAUAUGAUGCUAAAGCAGAUUUAUGGAGUAUAGGUACUAUAGUCUUCCAAUGUUUAACAGGGAAAGCCCCUUUUCAAGCUCAGACCCCACAACAGUUAAAACAGUUUUAUGAAAAACACAGUGAACUCAAACCAAAUAUACCACAAUCUACAUCAGCUGAAUUAAAAGAUUUACUAUUAAAAUUAUUAAAAAGGAAUGCUAAAGAUAGAAUAGAAUUUGAUGAUUUUUUUAUUCAUCCAUUCUUAAAACCUCCUGUAGUUGUUAACAAAGUUACAUGUAAGUAA